AGAAGACUCCAUGGAAACGGUCUAUUGGCGUGCUACAUGCUAGCUAGUUGGAUAGCAAGAAGUGAGAGGACGUUGCUGUGUGCAGGAUAGAUUGAUCUCCGUCUGUAAAUAUGAGUCGUACGCCUGAUGCGAGAGCCAGAGAUAAGCAGACGAGGAAGAUCCAGGAGAACAUCACCAAUGUGGAGAAACACUUUGGAGAUAUGUGCCAACUGUUUGCUGCCUACACCCGCAAAACAGCCAGGCUACGGGACAAGGCAGACCUUCUAGUCCAAGAAAUCAACUUGUAUGCGGACACAGAGACACCUGACCUAAAGAGAGGGAUGAAGCAGUUUGCAGAACACCUUGCCAAGAUUCAAGACUACCGCCAGGCUGAGGUGGACAGGCUGGAUGCCAGAGUCAUAGAGCCAUUAAAAGCUUAUGGAGCUGUGGUGAAACGUAAAAGGGAGGAUCUGAAGGCAACGCAGAGUGCCCUAGACAGAGAGGCCAAACAAAUGGCUCAACUGGAGAAGACCAGGCUCCGAAACCCUGCAGACAGACAGAUUAUUUCUCAGGCUGAGAGCGAGCUCCAAAGAGCCACCAUGGAUGCCACACGGACCACCAAGAAGCUGGAGGAGACCAUAGAUGAGUUUGAGCGGCAGAAAAUCCAGGACAUAAAGAAAGUCUUGGGUGAAUUUGUGACAGUGGAGAUGUCUUUCCAUGCCAAAGCUUUGGAGAUCUACACUUCUGCAUUCCAAAGUAUCCAAAGUGUGAAUGAGGAAGCAGACCUGGAGGUGUUCAGGAGUUCUCUGCACCCCCCUCACUUCCAAUCUCGCUUAGAUAUAGUGCGAGCCAAUUCCAAAGUAUCCCUCGAUCAGACUGGCUCCUUCAUGAGUACAUCAGGAACCUUACAGCAACAAAGAGCCAGCAGCCGCCAGACGAGAAGAGGGGAUGAGGAGGAGGAGGAUGAUGAAGACGAAUCUGAGGAGGAGGAGGGUGAUGAGGAUGAAGAUGAAGAGGACUCAGACGACGAACAUUAGGCUUAUUAAACUAUUUAGGCUUGCAGAAAAAAAAAAAGAAAGAAAACAAAAAAA